UGCACUUCCGGUCGUAGUAAUACAAUAUGGUGCUGAGUCCUCUCAGGAGGAGCAUAUCUAGGUACAGCACAAUGGACCUGAUGUUUGGCGGUGUGACCCCUCUGGUGCUGGGCGGCUUGGGAGUGCUGAUGCUGUACCAGCUGCUGCGGAGGAUGUGGAAGAGGGCCAGUGUUCGGGAUGCAGUGGUGGUCAUCACAGGCGCCAGCUCAGGCUUGGGGAAAGAGUGUGCCCGGGUGUUCCAUGGCGCCGGCGCCAAGCUGAUUCUGUGUGGUCGAAACCGGACGCUUCUGGAAGAGCUGGUCCAAGAGCUGAGCACAGUGGUGAACAGCAACCGCAAGACGUACACCCCCAACACCGUAAUCUUCGACCUGUCAAAACUGGAGGCCGUCACCUGUGCAGCAGAGGAAAUUUUAAAGUGCCAUGGUCACGUGGAUGUCCUCAUCAACAACGCUGGAAUCAGUUUCCGUGGUAACAUCCUGAACACCCACGUCAGCGUCCACAAGGAGGUCAUGGAUAUCAACUACUUUGGCCCAAUAGCUCUGACUCAAGCCAUUUUACCCUCCAUGGUGCAGAGGCGGAGCGGACGGGUGGUGGUCAUCAGCAGUAUCCAGGGCAAAAUCUCCAUCCCUUUCCGGUCAGCUUAUGCGGCUUCCAAACAUGCUGCUCAGGCGUAUUUUGACUGCCUGCGGGCUGAAAUGGAGCAGUUCGGCAUCGAGGUCUCCGUGGUGAGUCCAGGCUACAUCAGGACGAACCUGUCUGUCAACGCUGUCACAGGAGAUGGCUCCAAGUACGGCUUGCUGGACAAGAACACGGCAGAAGGCAUGGACCCACGGGAGGUGGCGGACGCCGUGCUCAGAGUCGUGCAACGCAAGCAGAAAGAUGUGCUGCUGGCCGGGCUCUUGCCCACGCUGGCCGUCUACGUUCGGACACUGUGCCCGGCGCUCUUCUUCAGGCUCAUGGCUGCCCGGGCCAGGAAGGAGCAGAAGCCAAAAGACACCUGAGAAAGGGACGCCGCGUGCCGGUUGAUGAGAAUUCAGUAGUACUGUCUCAGCGUAUCCUUUUCCAGACUUGUUUACACGGCAAACCUGAGGGCUGAUGCUUUGCUUUAGGUUUUGUUGUUGCGUGCGUUUUCGCCUAAUAAAUGGUGACGAAUAUCCAGAAAACACCAAGCUUGAAUGGAGACCUUUAAGAUUUUAGAAAGCUAUACCUAACAUAAGACUGGAAAAAACAAAAAUAAAUGUACAAUAUGAAGAAAGGAUUUAACAAUUGAGUGACAAUUUAUCACUCAAAACUUAAUAUCCAAAAAAAAAAAAAAAAAGUAACCUGGAGUGAAAAUGCAUUACUGGAAAAAUGGUCUCAUUUGCAGCAUCAAAAAGUUCAGUCAAGUUUUAAUAAUAAAACUCCCAAAUGAAGUUUUACAAGUGUCAUAACUCGGAUUGAUUAGUUUGCAGGGACACUGUAUUUCCUGCAUUUCUACUGUUGGAACAUUAAUGUGGGCCAAGAUAUUAUAUGAAAAUCAAGAAGCAAAUAAAUGUUGGAAAUUAAAAAGUUAUGUGAGAUUUUAAAUCAGCUGUUUGGUAACCAAGAAUGUGUCAGUUAAAUUUAGUUAUUCAUGGGCUGUUCUUCUGUGGUCCAACAGUUUCUAUUAUUGAUUGUUUUAUAGGGCUAAUGAAAAGUUCGUGCUGUGAGCACGUUACACUCAAUGCCACCCUGACAGAAAUGAGUGGUCACUUUGCCAAUACUCUUAACGCGAGAUCCACCGGAUAUCAGUAUCAGCUCAUGGACGGGAGUAAACCU